GUAGCCAUAGAGGGGGUGUGUGUAGACGUCGGUGAGGCGGAGGGAGCUUUGUUGAGGUUACCUGCCGUUGUCUCGGCCACCUGGGGGAGUGCGGCCCGCCGGCGGUCCGCGCUGCCGCAUUGUCGCUGGGGCUCCGAGAUUUAAUACCAUGGACUUCCCGCAGCCUUGACUUCAGCGCCCAGCGUCCGGCUCCAAUCCCCAGUCACACGCCGGCAAAGUUUCCAAAGUUAACGCCGUGUCCCUUUCAAAGAUGGAAGAUCGCCCCCGGACCAUCAGCACAACGAGCAGCACCUACACCUCGUCCCUCGGCUCGACGGCCAGGAACUGCGACAGGGCUUUUCUCAAGACCCUCCCCGGGCUCCUCAUGAUCGCCGAGAUUGUACUUGGACUGCUGGUGUGGAUAUUAAUAGCCAGUACAGAGUAUUUCUCAGUCUCUGCCUUUGGUUGGGUGAUGUUUGUGGCAGUCUUUUACUGGGUGCUCACAGUCUUCUUUUUAAUCUUCUACAUCACCAUGGUGUAUACCAAGAUUCCUCAGAUACCGUGGACAACAGUGGGUUUGAGUUUUAAUGCCAGUGCUGCUUUGUUGUACCUCUUAGCCUCAAUUGUGGAUGCAGUUUCUAUUAACCAAGCUGAUAAAGGUACAGACAACUACAACUGCUGGUUAGCUUCCACAGUUUUUGCUUUCGUGGUCACUCUCUGUUACUCUGGCAAUGCAUAUUUUAGCUUUCAGACCUGGAGAUCAAGGGACCAAUGACCGUAAUUGCCUAAUCACAUGUUGGUAAAUGGAGGAAAUAUAGUGUGAACAAAGGAAAUGUUACGAUCUGUUAAUGUGCUUACUUGGCUAAGUGUUCAUUUAUAAUUGUGUCUGUAGAAAGAUUUAUUUAGGACACUCUGAAGGGAGUAUUUAAUUUUGCAUUUGUGCCAGGUUAUGAAGAUAAACACUUGGGUUUGUUUCUCUUUACUCUCCACUUUCUGCUCCCUUCCAGGAGCACUUACUAUCCUCAUAGGUUGCAAUUCAUAGAUGUGGUCUUGCUUUGACACAACUGGCCAUCCAUCUGUCUUGAAGGUGAGUGUUGGUAUUCAAUGGACAGUGGGGACUCUUGGGUAUAUGUCACCACAUCUACACUCAGCAUGCACAUUUCCACUAGGAGUCUUCAAAUGAAAAUCUGCAGGGUGAAUCAUAGCUAAUUGUGGGUUGCUGUGGACAACUGUAGUGCCCCUACUGCUGUUCCUCAAGAUCAGCAAACUUGUAACUUUAAUCAUAGCCAACAAAGUUACCACUAGGUCAAAGGAUUGUUUGUCCUUUUAAAUGUACUAAACAAUAGAUGUUUUACAUUUUGAUUUUUUAAAAAAUCAUUUUGUAAAACCUGUUAGUGAUUCUUUUUAUUCAGAUGUGUUGCUUUAUUAAUGAUUGGAAUAUUUUAUCACAUUAUGGCUCACUGUUUAUUGCUUUGACUGUGAUAUCACUGUGUUUGCAGAAUGAUGUGAAAUAUGUCCACCCACCCAUGAUUUAAAUUAAUAUUGUCAUAAACGACAUCCUUAUUAUGCCUUUAAAAAUUAGAUCAUGCCCUCACUUAAUGGUAAUUCUUCUGUAAUCUUGGAAGAAAGGUCAGGAUUAAAGCCAAGACUCUGUUUCUCUUACAGUUUUGUAUUGUACAUUUAUGUAUUGUGGUGCUGAAAGGUGGCUGGUUAUUACAUUGCUACCACUAUCCUAUCUUAAAUUAGCUAAGCUAGCAGACGUUGGGUACUGAUCCUGUGACUUUCCUGCUCAGUGAAUCUCAUUUCCAUAGAAAGGAGUAACUUUGCGAACUGAGGCUUUAAUGGACACAUUAGUGUGGUAGAAAACAGAAAUAAUACCUAGCCUUGCAUUUCAGUUGAAAUGACUUUGUUGAUUAAAAAUACUACAGUAAAUGGCAGCCACCUUUUGAUUAACUGCUUAUUCAAAUGGUUUCAAAACAAAAUAUUAAUAAUUAGGACUUGAUACUGUUGAUUGUGUAAGAUGUCCAUCUUUGAAAAUGUAACAACCAAAGCAAUCCUUUCCUAAUGUCUCUAAUGAUACUUAAAGGUCAGACAAUUUACUUUGUACAUUUCUCUGUGAAACAAUGCUAAGUGUCAUGUAUAUUGAUCUUGUAUGUUGCAAGUUUUUAAGAGGAAGGUGGAAUUUAAAUUGGCAAUAUUAUAUUGCUGUAUUCUUUACUGUACAGUAUGCACUGUUUUCCUGUGGAGAUUAAAUAAAUAUUUUCAAAUU